UGGUGCAAAAUAACAAUCACACUCAUAACCCUCGACAAAAGCACUCACAUAUUCACAUACUCACUCAAACGCGCAACGGGAAAAGACGAAGACGCCGCGUGACGCGCACGAAACACAGAAAGCUGAAAAAGAAGCAACAGCGAAAGGGGCACACAGAUAAAACGCUAAACUAAAAAAAUUGUUUGCUUCAGGAAAGGAUUUUCCAUAUUCGUCGAUAGUUUCCCAGAUCGAUAAAUUAACAUCGAUAUAAACGUUUUUGCAUCACUGAAAUCUAUUGUACGGCCUCAGCUUUGUGAACGUUUGUGCGUGUUCUGUGCUAUUUGUGUGUGCAUUUUACAUAAUUCAACAAAAUCAACCAACAUUUCCAAAGAGUAUAACAACAACGAUAGCAACAUUAGCCUGCUGAGCAGCGCCUAACGAGAGAGCCGAAGAGAGGAAAGAACAGAGUCAAAACAAAGUUGAUAAACUAACAACAAUUCCAACAGAAGCUACAGCAACAGCAGCAAAAGAAACAACAACAACAAAAGCAACUGUCGCGUCACAUAUAAAACAAUAAUUGAAUAAUUGAAUACCAUAACAAAUAAUAAUAACGUACGAGUACAUAUUGUAUUGUAAAGUAAAGUAAAGUAAGCCCAGCAUAAAGCGAUAUCCACAUAGAGCGUAUCCAAGUACCAUAUAUAGUCGUUCUUAUAUAGCCACACUCAAAUUAAUUGCAGCUGUAUGCACGACUCCUUGCAAAAAGAAGGAUCAUAAAGAUAUAUUGAGUACAUGCAUAUAUGUGUAUGUAUAUGGUCUGGCGUCCAUCAACUGUCACUGUCACGAUUACGAUAGCCGAGAGCGGACUGAUCGAUUGAUCGAUCAAUAACGAUAACGAUAGCGAUAGCGAUAACGAUAGCUCUAGCUGUAACUCUGUAAACGAUAGCCUGAGCCCGCGCCUGCGCCUGCGCCCGCGCCUAUGCCCAUCGCUAACCCGCUGUGUGUGUGUGUGCAUGUGUCCCGGCAUCAGUAGAGCGCCCCAGGACCUCCUGCGACUGACUGGCUGCUGCUGCGACUCCCGCCACUACCGCCACCGCCACCGCCACGCCACCAUCGCCGCCGACUCCUCAUCAUCCCAGCCACCAAGCCACCAAGCCACCAGCCACCAUCGCUCACAUAGCCCAUCAUACUUUCAGAUGACAGUUGCGGAUCCCCCCAGACACAGAUAGAGAUACAGACACACAGACUAGGAUCGUUUGGUCGUUUGUUCGCUCGCUCGCACACACCUAAAGCCAAAACAGAAAUCCAACCAACAAAAAAAAGCAAACAAAAAUCAACAACAACAACCAAGCCAAAAACUAAAUAAUACCAAGCUUAACCCAGACGCCUCAUUACCAAACAUCGAAAGUUUGCGUUGUCGAAUCGAAUCGAAUCAAAUCAAAUCAAAUCAAAUUGAAUCAAAAGAGAAACAUAUACCAAAAGUACCAGUAGCAAAAACGCAUAAGCAGAACGUAAAAGUAAACGCAAAAGCAAACGCAAACGCAAUCAUCAGUCAAAGUCGAUAGCCCAAAAAGCAGUCAACAUUCAGUUAAAAAUGGCCGAAGACGGUACCAUGGAGACAUGUCCAAGUCCUGAGAUCGGCGAUUCGCGCAAACGGCCGCUCGAUUCCGAUCCGGAAAAUGAACAAACUAAACGCUCACAUUUCAGUUCCGGUGAGUCAGUUUGUUCUGGAAUUGAGGUUGAAAUUGAAAAUAAUAACAAUAAUCAUAUUCAUCAUGGCGAGACAACGUAUCACAUGAAAAUACUGGUGCCCGCGGUGGCCUCUGGGGCCAUCAUUGGCAAAGGAGGCGAGACGAUCGCCUCCCUGCAGAAGGACACGGGUGCUAGAGUAAAGAUGUCCAAGUCGCAUGACUUCUAUCCAGGCACCACCGAACGCGUCUGCCUGAUCACUGGAUCCACGGAGGCCAUCAUGGUCGUGCUGGACUUUAUCAUGGACAAAAUCCGCGAGAAGCCCGACCUGACCACAAAGAUCAUCGAUGCCGAGUCGAAACAGACCCAGGAGCGGGACAAGCAGGUCAAGAUCCUGGUGCCCAACUCCACAGCCGGCAUGAUCAUCGGCAAGGGCGGUGCCUUCAUCAAACAGAUCAAGGAGGACAGCGGCUCCUACGUUCAGAUCUCGCAGAAGCCCAAGGAUGUCUCGCUGCAGGAGCGCUGCAUCACCAUCAUUGGCGACAAGGAGAACAACAAGAACGCCUGCAAGAUGAUCCUCUCGAAGAUCGUCGAGGACCCGCAGUCGGGCACCUGCCUGAAUGUCUCCUACGCGGACGUCAGCGGGCCGGUGGCCAACUUCAAUCCGACCGGCUCCCCGUACGCCACCAAUCAGAAUGCCAUCAACUCGAGCACCGCAUCGCUCAACUCGACGCUGGGCACCUCCAUCGGUGGCGCCAACUCGGCGGCCAGUCUGCUAGUCAACGGCACCGGCAUCAACUUGUCCAUCAACCUGGGCGCCCCCAAUCCGGCGCCCAACCUGGCGGUUGCCAACCAACUGCUCGAGCAUAUUAAGGUUGCCAUGCGCGGCUCUGGCUACUCGGAGACCGUCACCACUGAAGUCUGCAACGCCCUGGGCGUCCUGGCCAAGUACGGAGUCCUCGGCAUGGGCGUGGGCGUGCCCCACACCAACGGUGCUCACUCGACGCUGGGCAAUUUCCUGGGCGUGACGACGCUGGACCAGCAGACGGCGGCCGCCAAUGCGGCCAACGCCAGCAAUGUGUUUGGCGCUGUCGGCCAGGUGAAUCUGGAGCAGUAUGCCGCUGCAGCAGCGGCUGCCGCAGCCGCCAGCCGGCCGACACAGUCGCAGCUGGACGCCGCCGCGGCCCAAUUCGAUCCAUUCCGCCAUCUGGGCUCCGCCACGGCGCCGGCCACGCCCGUCUCGCUGAACAACAACAGUUUCGGGCUGACAGCCGCCACGGGAGCGGCGAACAGCGCCCAGCUGGGCGGCCUCAGCAAGAGCCCCACACCCGGGGACCUGAGUUCCAAGGACUCGAAGAACGUGGAGGUGCCCGAGAUGAUCAUCGGCGCAAUUCUAGGUCCCAACGGUCGUAGUUUAGUUGAGAUUCAACAUGUUUCUGGCGCAAAUGUUCAAAUUUCCAAAAAGGGCAUAUUCGCACCUGGCACUAGAAAUCGCAUUGUAACCAUUACUGGUCAGCCGAACGCCAUUGCCAAAGCGCAGUUUCUAAUUGAGCAGAAAAUCACCGAGGAGGAGACAAAGAGGGCGCGACAAAUUCCAUUAACCACUGUUGUGAAUUAAUAACCAAGUAAACCAAUCAAUCAAUCCCCCAAAACCAAUCAAACAACCAACAAGCAACACACAACAUACAAAACACCACAGCAAAACAACAACAACAACACAGCAUACACCCUUCCCUACCCUGCCCUACCCUACCCUACCCUACCUAUAGGCUAUAGCAAGUUUUUCCCUUUUAAACAAAAAAUUGUUCAUUUUCUGUAAGAAGCAACACCAAAAAUGAGAAAAAAAGCAAACAAAAAAACGAAAUAACUAAAGAAAUAUUAACUUUAAACAAACGAAUAACAAAAACAGAAACAACAACAAGAGAAAUAAGAGAAAGGAAACUACAGCAAUAGAAAAAAUAAACAAAAAACCAAAACACCAAUUGUUAUGCGAAGUGCAAAGAAAAGUUAAACACUUAAUAAAUGUUAAUUAUGUACUGCA